UAUUAUGUGCCAAGAAUCUUGCAAAGAAAGAUUUCUUCAGACUUCCUGACCCAUUUGCAAAAGUAGUUGUUGAUGGGUCGGGUCAGUGCCAUUCAACUGACACUGUGAAGAACACAUUGGACCCCAAAUGGAACCAGCAUUACGAUCUGUAUGUUGGGAAGACAGAUUCCAUAACCAUCAGUGUAUGGAACCACAAAAAAAUCCACAAGAAACAGGGAGCUGGCUUCCUGGGGUGUGUCCGACUCCUCUCCAAUGCCAUCAGCAGGCUAAAAGAUACUGGAUACCAGCGUUUGGAUCUAUGCAAACUAAAUCCCACAGAUACUGAUGCUGUACGAGGCCAAAUAGUGGUCAGUUUACAGACACGGGACAGAAUAGGCACAGGCGGCUCUGUAGUAGACUGUAGAGGGCUUUUGGAGAAUGAAGGAACGGUUUAUGAAGACUCCGGACCGGGAAGGCCGCUGAGCUGUUUCAUGGAGGAACCAGCACCAUACACAGACACUACUGGGGCUGCUGGAGGAGGCAACUGUCGCUUUGCAGAGUCCCCCAGUCAAGAUCAGAGGCUUCAGGCACAGCGACUUCGCACUCCUGAAGUCAGAGGUCAUGUACAGACGCCUCAGAACAGACCACACGGGCACCAGUCGCCUGACCUGCCCGAAGGCUAUGAACAAAGAACAACGGUACAGGGCCAGGUUUAUUUUUUGCACACACAGACUGGAGUUAGCACAUGGCAUGACCCAAGGAUACCCAGAGACCUUAACAGUGUGAAUUGUGAUGAACUGGGACCUUUGCCUCCAGGUUGGGAAGUUAGAAGUACAGUUUCGGGAAGAAUAUAUUUUGUAGAUCAUAACAACAGAACCACACAAUUCACAGAUCCACGACUACAUCACAUCAUGAACCAUCAAUGCCAGCUGAAAGAGCCCAGCCAGCAACCUCUGACAGCUCCAAACGAGGGAUCACUAGAAGAUGGUGAGGAGUUGCCUGCACAGAGAUAUGAAAGAGACUUGGUACAGAAGUUGAAAGUUCUUAGACAUGAGCUCUCUCUCCAGCAACCACAGGCCGGUCACUGUCGCAUCGAAGUAUCCAGAGAGGAAAUAUUUGAGGAAUCCUACCGUCAGAUCAUGAAGAUGAGGCCAAAGGACUUGAAAAAGAGGCUUAUGGUGAAAUUCCGAGGAGAGGAAGGGCUGGAUUAUGGAGGAGUAGCAAGAGAAUGGUUGUACUUGCUAUGCCAUGAAAUGUUGAAUCCUUAUUAUGGACUUUUCCAGUACUCCACAGAUAAUAUUUACAUGCUGCAGAUCAAUCCAGACUCUUCUAUCAAUCCUGACCAUUUGUCUUAUUUCCAUUUUGUUGGUCGGAUAAUGGGUUUGGCUGUGUUCCAUGGACACUAUAUCAACGGGGGGUUCACGGUUCCCUUCUACAAACAGCUUCUGGGGAAGCCCAUUCAGCUCUCCGAUCUGGAAUCUGUUGACCCAGAAUUACACAAAAGUUUAGUCUGGAUCUUAGAGAACGAUAUCACCCCAGUUCUGGACCAUACAUUUUGUGUGGAACACAACGCUUUUGGGCGGAUUUUACAGCAUGAACUCAAACCAAAUGGCAGGAAUAUUCCAGUGACAGAAGAGAACAAGAAAGAAUAUGUCAGGUUGUAUGUAAAUUGGAGAUUUAUGAGAGGAAUAGAAGCACAGUUCCUGGCUCUGCAGAAGGGUUUUAAUGAACUUAUUCCUCAACAUCUCCUUAAGCCUUUCGACCAGAAGGAACUUGAGCUGAUCAUAGGAGGCCUGGAUAAGAUAGACCUGAAUGACUGGAAGUCAAACACACGUCUAAAGCACUGCAUGGCAGAUAGCAAUAUUGUGAAGUGGUUCUGGCAAGCAGUGGAAACAUUUGACGAAGAAAGAAGGGCAAGGCUGCUGCAGUUUGUGACGGGUUCAACGCGUGUCCCACUUCAAGGUUUCAAGGCUUUACAAGGUUCUACAGGCGCUGCAGGACCCAGACUGUUUACCAUCCAUUUAAUAGAUGCAAACACAGACAACCUGCCAAAAGCCCACACUUGCUUUAACCGGAUUGACAUUCCGCCUUAUGAGUCAUACGAGAAGCUUUAUGAGAAGCUGUUGACAGCUGUGGAAGAGACAUGUGGGUUUGCUGUGGAGUGAAAAAGCAACCAAAGGAAACAGAUGCUAGCUCAUGGACCACCAAAUCAAAAGCUAGAAGAAGCUUGCUGUGAACUUCCUGCUAAGCUGUCUGAAGCAUCGGAACUUAAAGACAACUUAGAGAUGGGGCCGUUUCCCUUCCGCCACUGGUGGAUGAGGGUGGGGGUAGGGGCUUUUGUUGGUGGUUUCCAACUUUAUUUCCUCCCCUUUGUUACGAUAACCCCUUCCCUCUUCCUCCAUCUCCCAUACAACGAAAUGCAGCCAAGUUCAGCACUUGGCUUUGGGUUACACAGGAUAUUCUGCUAGAUUUGUAACACAUAUUGUGAUAGGGUCAGCGACCUGUGGGGUUUUUUUUAAUCAUAGAAUCAAAAUGUAAUUAGGAAUGAGCUUAAUUUGCUGAGGACUUGCAGCUGGUAGAUGUACCUGGUUAGUUUGUCCUAAAUCAAGCUGGAGCCCUUGUAAGAGUCUGAUGGGUGCAGAGUGUCUGACUGGCACUAGAAUUUGCAUUGCACAUGUUAAACACCGGUUUAAAGAGUCAACUUCUAGCAGAAAAUUACCUCCACGUCAACACUUAACUGAAA